UUGUUAAACUAUUUUUUUAGACUUAACUAUUUUUUUGGUUUUACGGUUUUACCUUAAAAAAUUUCAAACUAUGUAAAUAUUUUACAUAAUUUAAAUGAACUCAUUUAUUAUUCUUCCAUAAUCUACUAUAUAAUUACUCUAACAAUAAAUCUUUAUGAAUAUAAGACAGCUUAUACAAACAUGUUUACACAUGACGUGACUAUUGUCACAUAUAGUUCCAUUAAUAGUAUAAAAUUUUCAAUGGUUUAGUUAUGGAGAAUCAUCUGGUUCAUAACAAUUUUUUUUCAUUUUUACGUGAAUUGGAAACUAAAAGUCUUAAUGUCAACUAUUCAACUAUAAAACAUUAAUUUAAUUAAUUACAUGCAAUCAAUUAUUAAAAUUUGAUCUUAUAUUCUUAUAUAUGAAUUAAAUGAUUAAUCUUAUCAUAGAAAAUAUUAAAUGGGUCUAAACGGGUCGGAGAUUUAAAUAAAAUUAAUAAAAAAAGACUGGUUUAAAUAUAGCAUAUUUAUUUACUUUACAAAUUCUGACAAUGCAUAUGAUAUGUUUUAUUGAAUUUUCACAAAUGUAAAACAUAUUACAUAGUUGGAUGUGUUACUGAUGAUUUUGCAACUACUUCUAACGAUUUGAGAUGAAAAUCAGCGUGUGGCUUUUGAGAAUGCCAUCUGUAAACAUAUGUUAAUCAACGUUUAAGAUUUUUUCCUUAAUGUUUCUGUUAUCAAGCUUUCUUAAUAUAGGAGAGAACUUAUCAAAAAAAAUAUAGGAGAGAAGCUAAGGGAGAGAGGAAAAAAUAAACAGAACAGAAAAGUUCGUAACUUUGGAAUUUCAUUAGAUCUUAAGUUUUCAGAGCAACCUUUUUAAUUUCUUAUGCGUAGAUUUGGAUCCAAAUGGAUUGGAUCCAAUCAAUGAUUCUGCAACUUUAAAAUGCCAUGUCGUGAAAGGUCUUGUUAAUUCUUGAUCAUAUGAAACCACGAGAAGACUUCUUGCGCAAGUAAGCUUUACCCGUUGUUAGAUAUUACGUAUAGAUCCACAUAUGUUUGAAUGUUUCAGUUUAUAAUUAGGUUCUUGAUCCCAUUUGAUCUAGGAAUCUUUUGUUGGUAUUGAAUCUAUUUAUCUAAUGGAGGAAGCAUCAACGUCGACAUCAACACCGGUGGCUGCGAAGCCAACCGUUGUUAAGAAGACAAUGUCGAAGCAAUUUACCGGAAAACGUGAGGAUUCGCCGCUCCACUCCGCUGUAAGACGCGGAGAUUUCUCUGCGGUGAAGAAGAUUCUGAGUGAUCAUAUUGAAUCGGAGGAGGAACUAAGAGAGUUGUUGCAGAAACAGAACCAAUGCGGUGAGACCGCGCUUUAUGUGGCGGCAGAGUAUGGAGACGCCGAGGUGGUUGCUGAGCUCAUCAAGUAUUAUGAUUUAGAUGAUGCAGAGACCAAAGCUAGAAAUGGGUUUGAUCCUUUCCACAUUGCUGCUAAACAAGGCGAAUUAGAGGUUUUGAGAGUACUAAUGGAGGAACAUCCGGAGCUAGCAAUGACGGUGGACUUAUCAAACACGACUGCUCUACACACGGCGGCAGCUCAGGGACACGUGGAGGUCGUGGAGUACCUCCUAGAAGCUGCAGGGAGUAGCCUAGCAGCGAUUGCAAAGAGCAACGGAAAAACGGCGUUGCACUCUGCCGCAAGGAACGGUCACGCGGAAGUGGUGAAAGCUAUAGUGGCUGUUGAGCCAGACACAGCGACAAGGACCGAUAAAAAAGGUCAGACGGCACUUCACAUGGCGGUGAAAGGACAAAGCCUUGAUGUUGUCGUUGAGCUAAUGAAAGGGCAUCGGUCCUCGUUGAAUAUGGUUGAUUCUAAAGGGAACACUGCGUUACAUGUUGCUACUAGGAAAGGUCGCACUAAGGUACGUACGUUCUUGCAUGUUAACAUGUUAAUGAUUUGUGUUAUUAUAGUGGAAUUGCUUCUAGAGAACAACGAGACAAGCACAAAAGCGAUAAACAGAGCUGGAGAAACGCCACUCGACACGGCCGAGAAAACCGGCCACCCCCAGCUAGCCGCGGUUCUCAAAACCCGCGGCGUUCCCUCAGCUAAAUCCAUCAACAACACUACUCGCCCAAACCCGGCGCGUGAGCUCAAACAAACUGUGAGCGACAUCAAACACGAGGUUCACGACCAGCUAGAACACGCUCGAGAGACAAGGAAACGCGUUCAAGGAAUCGCCAAACGCAUAAACAAAAUGCACGUCGAGGGUCUAGACAAUGCGAUUAACUCCACCACAGUCGUCGCCGUUCUAAUCGCCACAGUCGCUUUUGCCGCUAUUUUCACCGUGCCAGGACAAUACGCUGAUGAACGGAGUACUCUCACUCCGGGACAAUCUCUUGGAGAAGCUAACAUCGCGGAUAACCCCGCGUUUGCGAUUUUCUUUAUAUUUGAUUCCAUCGCUCUUUUUAUAUCUUUAGGGGUUGUUGUGGUUCAAACAUCGGUGGUUGCGAUUGAGCACAAGGCGAAAAAGAAUAUGAUGGCUAUCAUAAAUAAGCUGAUGUGGCUGGCUUGCGUUUUGAUAUCAGUAGCGUUUUUGGCAUUGGCGUUUGUGGUCGUUGGUGAGGACGAGAGGUGGCUAGCGGUUGGAGUAACGGUGUUUGGUGCGACGAUAAUGCUCACGACACUUGGGACUAUGUGUUAUUGGGUCAUUAGGCAUAGGAUUGAGGCUUCGAAUGUAAGAAGCGCGAGGAGAGAAUCAAUGGCAAGAACGAGACAAUCAGGAUUGAUGGAUUUUUCUGGGAUUUUGACAAAGAGAAUGUAUGCUAUUUAGUGAUCAAGAGACAAAGAGUAUGUGUUGAGUUAACGUCUCGAUCUUGAUACCGUGUGGAAUAAAUAACGAAGUUAUCUUGGAAUCAUUUUUUUUUUGCAACUGAUUUUACUUCUUGGAAUCUUUGUUUGUGUUAUUUGUUUUUGAGGUCAUCAUUACUAGUGUUAACAUUAAAAAUCAAAGUACUCUCAUUUUAAAUAGAAAAUGUCAAUGAUACGAAAUAAAUAGUUUAAAACUGUAAAAUUAAAAAUAUAUUUCAGCCCAAACAUGUUUUUGAUGCAAACUUAUUAUAUUUGCCAGUUGCUAAGUGAAUGGCGUCACCCACUUCCCAAAAUAACUUUUAAAAAUUAGUUGGCAUCAACAAUUAAUGUGUUAUUAUUUUACUCUUUGAUUAUAUGUCAAACCUUGUUUUUGAAAUUGUAAACGAUCAUAUCACAAUUUUGGAUCAAUUUUGGAUGGCUCAACAAUCAACAAGCUUUCCCAGCAUGUUGAGAUAUUGACUUCCCGCAAUCAAGGACAAGAAUGAGGACGUCAGGAAGACAAAUGCACAAAUAUCUGUCUCCCGGUCUGGCCAGCUCCUAGUCUCCAAUAUGUUCUCAAAAAUAAAUGGAAUCGCAAGAGGUACUAUUUCAUCUCCACCUGUUCUGCUAACGAGACAAAAGUAUUUGCUUGCAGUAUUUAUUAUAUUUAUUAUAUUUUUCAGUUGCUAAUUGAUUGCCGUCAUUGCUUCCCAAAAUAACUUUUAGAAAUUAGUUGGUGUCAACAAUUUUUGUUAAUGUGUUAUUAAUUUACUCUGUGAUUAUAUGUCAAACCUUGUUUUUGAAAUUGUAACUAUAUAUAUUUGUCUAACACAAGCUCAAAGAUUCAACUAAAUCAUAUACUGAUCUUGGAAAAUUAAUAAAAUUUAGUAUCAACACCAAAACUUUUAAUCUAAUAUUUAUUAGCAAACAUCUAAUUCCAAAAAUCAGAUUUGAACAGUGGUGUAAUACAAAUUAGUAUAAUUUGAAGAUAAUGAUAAGAAAAACUAAAAUGAAAUGGUUACAAAAAAUAAUAAUAUCACUGGUCUGAGUAAAUUAAUCAUACAUUUACCAAUAAAAUUCACCUGAAAUGAGUUAGUUUACAACGACUUGACGAGUAUAAGCGUAUCUUCAUCCUAAAUAUAACUAUAAAAGUUAGUUUUUCAAAAACAUUAUCUAAUAGUCAAUAUGCUAAAAAUGCGACAAACAAGCUAACUUUUGGCUCUUAUAACUCUUUUUGAACAAAGGCUGUACAGUUCAUCUAGAUUUGUAAGCAAAGUUAUUUCUCUAUUGAUACUUACAGCUUUAUGUGGCCGUAUUUGGCAUAGUCGAUGAUUUGGAACAAGAAAGAUGUCAUUUUAUUUAAGCUUAAACUUCUUUUGUCAAGAACUUUAUUGUUAUUUGUGAAUAAUUUUUUAUCAAUAAGAUGUGUUUGCACUAUUGUAGACCUCGUCUCGUUUAAAUGGAGAAAUAGAAAGGUAUAUGUUCUCUUAAAAAUAUUGGUUUAGGUUUAUAACAUCAUUUUAAUACUAAAUUGAGUAAUAUAUUGUGUGUUUAUCCGUCAAAUUGAAAAUAAAUAGUUGAUUUUACUGUCAUAUGAUUCAUUAAUGACAAAAUAUGUUUUAGAAAAGUUGUUGAUUUUUACUUUUAGAUGAUGUGGUUAGCAUGCAUUUUGAUUAAUAUAUUCUAGUUAGCGAUUUUGAUACAAAAAUAAAUAUGCGUUAAAAGUUUCAAUCGUGAAAGCAUGUGAAAGAAGUAACCAUCUUAUAUUGAUCCAUGAAAGUUUUGUUAUUUGUUAUUUCCGUUUAUGACUUCGAGGCCAUCAUCAUUAGUGUCAACAUUAAACUCUUCUUUCUCUAUAGAUUUUGUUUUGUUACAAAACCUGUAAGUCUUUUUCAAAGAAAAUGGAAUAAGUAUCUAAAAAAUAAUAUCCGACAAAGUCAUUCAUUAUUACAAAACUUGAAGCUUUAAACAAUGAAAUUGGAAUAAGAAUUUCAGGCAGAAACCAAUCUAUAGGAUUGGUACCACUGGUUCAAGUGGGAUGAGUGGGUCUUCCUCAUUUUGGUACGCUUCAUCUCCAUCUUCGACAAGGUAAUGUAGAAGAAAUCUUGGAUCUCCUAAUAUAAAAUAUCGCCUGCAGAAAACUCUUUGAAACUGAAAGAUCCUGGAUGAGUAACCAUUCCACGACAAUGCUCAAUCGCAACGAGUCCAGCGCCAUACUGAACAAACAUGUGUGUUAUACAAAAUGUUAGAUGCAACGUUUUUAAUUUCUUCCAAUCGAAACAUGAUUUUGAUGCAAUUUCUUUAAUUAGCUAGUUGAUAAGUGAAUGACCUCAACCCUCUUUUAGUAUAGCUAAUGUGUUAUUAUUUUUUUAUUUAAUUUAUAUACUAAACCAUGUUUUGAUAAUGGGAAAUUAGUAAAUUUUGUAACAUCGUCAUUAUUUUAAUCUAAUAGUUAAGUAGCAAUAUUUAACUCCAAAAAUCAAGUUUCAACAGUGUAAACAUAUAGCAUAGUGUUAUUGAUAUAUCUUUUGAAUAUAUUGGGAAAGAGUUAAAACAACUACUUUUUUGAUUAACCGUUAAACCUAAGAGUCCAAUGGUUAAAGAAAUUACAGUAUAAUAACUGAAUUGAAUGAACUAGUACUUGAAUCAAUAGAAAUAACCUGAAAUUGAGUUGGUUAAGAUCACCAGCUUGUGGUUCUACUUUAUUAUUUUUUUCAGAAAAAAAAGACAAUAUCAAAUGAAUAAACAACUUGAAAUCAUUGUGUAUCUCUGCAC